AUGUACAAAUUACUAACAAUUUAACAUCCUCUGCUUUCCUCUGAGUCUCUCUUGUCUAGAAGGAAAGCUUUGAUUUCUCAAGUUAUCCAUGCUCUACAAAACAAAAGAAAAGACAAAGAAAUGAGAGAAUAUCGAAUUCUAUUUCUUAGGAUCUGAGCUGAAUCUUGUCUAUUUCAACCAAGCAAAUUGUGCAACCGCUUCUAAUUCUGCGAAUUGUGCUAGUUCUAAUUUUAAUUUACCAACUACUUGUUAUGUUUCCCCUUCUGUUGUUGGUGCUUUUGGCACAUCCCCGAUGGGUUUCCACCGCGAAUGUAACAAAUGGUACUACUUCAAUAGUCAAGAACAUAUUCAUUUUAUCCGGACAAAGCAACAUGUCAGGCCGUGGCGGAGUCUUAAUUCAGACCAGCCCAUCAGGUGCAGAUAAUUUGACUUGGGACGGUGUCGUUCCACUUGAAUGUCAGUCCAAUCGAUCAAUCCUCCGACUUAGUUCACAACUUAAAUGGGUUGAGGCUCAAGAACCCCUGCACAAAGACAUAGAUGCGACUCGAACUUGUGGGGUUGGGCCUGGAAUGUCAUUUGCCGAUAGACUCUUAAAAAGACGCCCAAAUAUUGGAGCGAUUGGAUUGGUCCCCUGUGCUAUUGGAGGGACAAAUGUUACUCAAUGGGCUCGUGGCAGCUCCCUUUAUAACCAGAUGAUAAAUAGGACGAAGGCGGCCUUUCAUGGUGGAGGGACGAUACGAGGAUUGUUAUGGUACCAGGGUGAGAGUGACACACAUACACUUGAGGAUGCAAAAUUGUAUAAACUCAGAUUGAAGAGAUUCUUCAAACAUGUACGCGAUGAUUUGCAGCUACCUACACUUCCUAUAAUUCAGGUGGCAUUAGCAACAGGAGAAGGGCGAUAUACGGAGGUGAUCAGGAAAGCUCAGCUGGGGAUUAAUCUUCCGAACGUGAGAAUUGUUGAUGCUAAAGGGAUGUCAAUUGGUCCAGAUUUUUUGCACCUUACAACUCCAGCCCAAGUCCAUCUUGGGAAAAUGCUGGCUGAUGCCUUCCUUCAUAUUCACACGGAAAAAUCUAAUUAAGUCAUGAGGUUGGUAGGCUAUGCUUCUCUUGGCAUUACAUUAGCUACCAGUGCAUAUAUUAAUCGAAAUUAUGUACAUAAGCUACCAAAUUUUGCAGUAUUGGUGAAGUUGUUGGCGGACUCUGGAAAAGAACAUGAGAAAAGUUGUUAGCUAAACUGUGAAAUUUAAAUAGUUUAUGCUGUGUCGUUCGUGCUAUUUUAAAUUCAUCUUAUUCGGCAAGCUUUGUUAUAAUCUCCAUGAGGUUCUUUUAAUAGUCUUUUAAAGUUGUACUGUGUGUUGUUAUAAUUGCUUUAUUUCCAUUUGAGUGAACCAACUCAUCUACCGAUCACUCGUUACAUCUUAGUAGCACAAGUCUCGCAUAACUCUUAUCCAACAAAGCUUGAGCAGAUGAGAAAAA